AGACACCGCUCACCAACAGUGGGGGUGGCGUUUGAUUCGGUAAAAACCGAGAUUGAACGAACGGACUGUGUAACCGAAGAAACUGCCCCUUUAAAUCAGGAAUACAGCGCAUUCGGAGGAGGUGAAGGUUUACAGCUGACCAUCAGACCUGAGGUCACAACCACUCCUGUCCAUCUGACCUGAGGUCACAACCACUCAAGUCCAGCUGAGUGACCCAACUCACCUCGUCAGUCCUUCCCCUGCACACGCACCUGCCCUACCUGGUACACCUGUCUACCAACCCAACACACACCUGCCCUACCUGGUACACCUGUCUACCAACCCAACACACACCUGCCCUACCUGGUACACCUGGCUACCAACCCAACACACACCUGCCCUACCUGGUACACCUGGCUACCAACCCAACACACACCUGCCCUACCUGGUACACCUGUCUACCAACCCAACACACACCUGCCCUACCUGGUACACCUGGCUACCAAACCAACACACACCUGCCCUACCUGGUACACCUGGCUACCAACCCAACACACACCUGCCCUACCUGGUACACCUGGCUACCAACCCAACACACACCUGCCCUACCUGGUACACCUGGCUACCAACCCAACACACACCUGCUCUACCUGGUACACCUGGCUACCAACCCAACACACACCUGUCUGGCCCUUGGUGCAGACUGGCUCUCCGAUCUGCACACCAUCCACUAGUAGGGGUGUGUGUAUUGAUGGAUCAGGAUGUCAACCAAUAACAACAUCGCGCAGGCCAGGAAACUGGUGGAACAACUGAGGAUCGAGGCAGGGAUCGAACGUAUUAAGGUGUCUAAGGCAGCGGCAGACCUGAUGAGUUACUGUGAGCAGCACGCCCGUAACGACCCGCUCCUCGUUGGCAUCCCAACGUCAGAAAACCCUUUCAAAGACAAGAAACCCUGCAUCAUCCUAUAGCUGCACACUCAUCUCUGCACAUCAGACACACACACACCUCUGCCCACACACACACUCCCACUGGCUGACUCUGCAACAGCCAACAAGGCCCAGCUCUGUCAAGCUAUACAUACAAAACACACACACACACACACACACACACACACACACACACACACACACACACACACACACACAGAGAGAAACGAAAUAGCCACUCUGGAAAAGCGCCAUACUCAAUAGCCACAGCUGGGGGGCGGUGUCUGUGUUUACAGACCACAUUGCCACAUUAGUGAUAUUAGCCCUGAGUUGUGUCUCUGUGGUGCUGAGGGUAAGCCUGCACUAACAUGCAGCCCUACCUGAUACUGGUUACUGACUCACCCACAGAGAUAGUGACACUCAAGUGGAGAUGACAGAUUUACUUCAAAAGGGAUUAGGACAAUUAUCUUAAUAGGAAUCCACAGUCGUCUACAUGAAGUUAUAGGCUGAUGUAUAGCAUGUAUUUUAGUGAAUUAAUGAUUUAUUGAUUCAUUGAUUAAUCGAUUGAUUGAUAGCAGUAUCUGGUGAGGUGGGGGUUUAUGUGUGACCAAUCUGGUGUAAAACCUGGGUCGUUCAUGUGAUACAAGCUAUGUUAGCCCUCUCAGCUAAAGCCUAGCCAUUAGCCGUGGAUGUUAAUAUAAGUCUUCAGGUCUCAGGCAAUGUUACCCAUCACUAAAGCACCGUGGCUAUACACGGUGUGUUUGUUAGCCAUAUAGUGGCUGACUUGCAACUGACUUGCUAAGUAUCACAAUGGGGAUGGCCCCUUCCUGAAACCUUGGGUCAACGGUAAUGUCAGUGUUUCCACAAGAAAUUGUGUUUUUGUGAACAUGGCAUUGUAAACACUGAGCAGGUUGGUACAUGCUGCAUAUGUACCCACUGUGUUUAAACCCGGAUCAUCUGCAAUGCCACAAGACUGUGUUAGCCCACUGAGCUAAAGCAUAGGCCACAUACACUCCCACUGUAGCGACGGUUAUCGAUCAACAGUGUUACUGCUUUGGUUUUGAUUUCUUGGUCAGUGGGUUUUCUAAAACUCCAGCUGUGUUGACUUGUGGAGUAAGUUGCCCCUAUAUACUGAUCUAAGACCAAUAAUUGGGCAAAAGAUCAGAACUUAGCUGCCUGUGUAAACGCAGCCUAAUGAAACUUCUAUCUUGAGUACUGAGAGGCUAACUGUUCAAGUUUUUAACCGCAGAAGUAUAUAUAUAUGUUUUUUAAUUACUUAUCGUUUCAAUAUUUUGUGAAUUUAUUGCCAUACAGUUAGCAGAUACUGUAAGUUUCCAUUCACUCCUUAACUUACACUUGAGGCAAAAGUUUACCUUAACCACAGAUCUAGGAUCAGAUUAUCAUCCCCAAUCUUAACUUGAACCAUAAGGGGGUGUACAAAUAUCUGAUCCUAUAUCAGUGGUUAGAUACAUCACUAGUUCUGACAAUGAGAGCAAGCAUCAAUUCAUGGACUUUGCUUAUUGGCUCGUUGUGUGUUCUAUUGAGGAACAAGAGCGAAUUACAAAGUGGUGUCCCAUGUCCCCACCUCCACAGUCCUAUUCCUCUACUCCCAAACCAAACUUGAUUGUAAAAAAAUGUAAAAGACACUAGAGAAAAUAAAAACAAAAGUGUAUAAACUUUCUUUAAGCCAUGUGCAGAAGUGAUACGUUUUGAGAGUAGCUGUUUUGGGUUUGGUUUGAGUUUCUUUCUAAAUGGAAGCAGGUCAUUCGAGUAUUAUUAUCGAACUGUACAGUGUUUGUAAGAUAAAACCUAGGCCAGAAAUCAAUCAAAGUGCAUUAAACUUUUUCCACCCCCAAAAAAAACAAAAUGCGCUUUAAUUGAAUGUCAGCCUGUUGCAGAAUCUUUUCUGUGGAUGUUCAAUUUUUGCGUAAAUGUUUCCCUUCUUUCAGAAUUUUGUCGGUUUCCUCAUUCAGCUUGAGGCAGGUUCACACACACACAAACACACACACACACACACACACACACACACACACACACACACACACACACACACACACACACACACACACACACACACACACACACACACACACACACACACACACACAACCCCCUAGUGACUAAAUGGGGAGCCAACCACAUCUACAUAGCAGUGAAGUGGCCGUACUCAUAGCAUAGCUUCUUAUACACAGGCACAGCACUGUGAGAAAAAACUUGAACCAUCAAAUCACUGUCUCUCUCACACACGCACACAGACAGACACACACACAGUUUCCUAAUGUCUUUUAAAAGUGAUUAUCUGAGGGAGAAUAUUGUUAUUUCUUAAUUCAUUCAUUCCACGGACGGUUAUUUUGGUUGUUUGAUUGGUUGUUUGAUUGAUUGAUUGAUGGUUUGCCUUGUUGUGGUGUAUUGUGUUGUAUGCUGGUUAGGACCAGAAGUUUUACCUGGUCAAGUCACAUGGUCAGGAACAACAUUCUAGCCCUAGACUUAAGAAUAGUUGAGAGUAUUUGAGUGAACAGUCUUAAAAGAGGACACAAAGCUCUAGAAUGGAAGUCUUGUGGUGCUCCCAUUCCCACAUCAUUCACUAUAGCUGUUCUCCCCCUAAAGAUUAUGUCAGGAUUUGGGGAAUGGAAUCUGAUCAUAGGUCUUACCCAGAGCAGAACGCUAGAACCCUAAAACAAAUUUCUGUCCCUAGACACUGAUCUCAGGUCAGUUUUACCUGGACUCAUCAUUGUUUGUUUUUUAUCUCCUGUGUAUGCAUAUACAGUAUGUAUCUCUGGUAACACUUUUUUUACAGUCUCUUUUAACUUGGUAUUUGCUUAUAAAUAACAUGGUAAAAACAUGUGUUUCGUUGCAAGCGAGGACUAUUUGGUCCCAGGUUGAAAGUCUCCAUUGUUACCACAAUGUGUUCCUUCCGGCUGGGACUGGACUGUAAAGUCAAGCGUUACCGUAUCUUUUUGCCUUGAUUAAUUGUGAAUGAUCAGUUAUAGAUUAUGAAGGAAAUGUAAUAUCUAUUUUUUUGUAUCUGGUCGCUCUGAUGUGCCAUAACUCAUGUUUUCUUGCACACUGUUCAUAUUUUACAGUUAAAUACUUUACUGUUAAGACUUUACUGUUCAUAUUUUACAGUUAAAUACUUUACUGUUAAGACUUUACUGUUCAUAUUUUACAGUUAAAUACUUUACUGUUAAGACUUUACUGUUCAUAUUUUACAGUUAAAUACUUUACUGUUAAGACUUUACUGUUAAUAUUUUACAGUUAAAUACUUUACUGUUAAGACUUUACUGUUCAUAUUUUACAGUUAAAUACUUUACUGUUAAGACUUUACUGUUCAUAUUUUACAGUUAAAUACUUUACUGUUAAGACUUUACUGUUAAUAUUUUUUUGUGGAUAUUGCUGUUAAAAAAAAGAUGAUAUUGAAAAAGUAGACAACAUGAAUAAAAAUAUAAUAACG